AUGUCGUCGUCACAAAACAACCCAGCCUUCUCACCUCAGGAAAAUCGCAGUCCUUGGGAACGCCCCCAACUGGCGACCGAAGUCCCGCCUCCCACCUACCAAAAGCAAGACGGAUACGGCGAGACGUCCAACUACCAUGCGCAGCCGCGAUAUACACCACAGGGCCCCGUGGCACAGCCGCAGGUCGUUGCGUAA